UCUCUCUCUCCUCUCUCUCUCUCUCUCUAUCUCUCGCGCGCGCGCGCUCUCUCUCUCUCUCUCUACGCUCCAAUGGCGACCGCUGCGUUUCGCUCCCUUCUCCACACCAUCCUCACCCUCCCCUCUCGUUCCCCCCUCUCCAAACCCUACCCCAACCCUUUCCCUCUCCCUCUCUCCGAUUCCCAUCUCCCCAAACCCAAGAAGCUCCUCUCCAUCGAUGCAAACCUCCUCUCCCUCUUUCCCCUCCUCCCCUCUCCGCCUCGCCUCCUCCCCCUCUUCGCCUCCUCCUCCGCCGCGUACUCGGAGGAGGAUGGCGCCGGAGACGAGCUCGGGGACGAAGGAGACGAGCUCUUCUCGGAGCUGAAGUCGCCUCCGGCGACCCAUGAAAGCGGGCGCCUAUACGUUGGCAACCUCCCCUUCUCCAUGACCUCGGCUCAGCUCGCCGAAAUCUUCGGCGAGGCCGGCACCGUCGACACCGUCGAAGUGAUUUACGACCGAGUCACCGAUCGGAGCCGGGGAUUUGCAUUCGUUACCAUGGCCACGGUCGAGGAAGCAAAUGAAGCUAUUAGGAUGUUUGAUGGAUCACAAGUGGGAGGGCGGACUGUGAAGGUGAACUUCCCGGAGGUGCCGAGGGGAGGGGAGAGGGAAGUCAUGGGACCGAAGAUUAGGAGCGGGGCUCGUGGGUUCAUUGACAGCCCUCACAAGGUAUACGCCGGAAAUUUGGGGUGGAGUUUAACCUCUCAGGCCCUUAGGGAAGCCUUUUCGUCCCAGCCUGGGCUGCUUGGAGCCAAGAUCAUCUUUGACAGGGACACAGGGAGGUCGAGGGGCUUCGGCUUUGUUUCCUUUGCUUCGGCUGAAGAAGCCCAGGCUGCUAUUGAGGCCAUGAAUGGAGUGGAGGUCGAAGGAAGGCCACUUCGCUUAAGCCCUGCUGCGGGGAGGCCGCCAGCUAGUCCUUCACCAGAAUCUGCAACGCAGGCGGAGGUCGAAGAAGGUGUAUUGCAAUCAAGUCCUAGCUACUGAACACUUCUUUAUGGGUAGAAAGAACGACUGAAAUAGUUGGAACUUCUAUGGUAAUAUGGAUCAGUUUCUCCAUCUAGUUAUAAAGAGAGAUAAUUUACCCAUGCCUAUUCAGAGGUAAUUUCAAGGAAGUUCAGAGAAAUAGAGAGGGGAGAGAGAGAGAGAGAGAGAGAGAUCCAACUGAUACAGAAUGGAUGGCCAAGUCUUCAAAUACUUCAGAUUAAGUAUUUGUGCAGUUCUUUGUAUCGAAGCAGAUCUACUGGUAUUUGAGAUUUGCCUAUUUGUGAUUUUACCUUGCGGAGAAGGGUUAAAGCUGCUGAUCCACACUUCCUGCUUUGAGUCGAUCAACGAUGAUGUGGUAUGAAUUUUUAGCAGCAGUUUACUCUUCAAUUUGUUUAGUUUGGAAUUAAAUCUACAUAAUUUAAACACGAUUUUGGUUCCCUGCUGACAUACGAAGAACAAGUAUCCUGAUGGUUUAUGUCUGUACGUAUGCUUAUAUGUUUAAAUCUCUCUAUUUGUUUCA